CGUCGGCCAGCGUCAGCCGCAUUCUGCGGUAGCCAUUUUGUGUGUUGUGUGACGCCGGUCGCCGUGUGCGUAGUUCUCGUCGCCGUAGCGUGGACUUUUCUUUCUCGCGCGCAGUUACCGUCGUGCAGUGCCGUGCCGGCUGCGUUUUGCGACACUAUAAGGGUCGUUGCUUCGCCGAGCGCGUACGACGUACCGGAUCCACUGUAACUGACCAUGAGCGACCGCGAGGGCACCCCCGAAGAGGAGGCUGUGGAGGAGUACCUUCAGGACAAUGCUGCGGGAGAGGAGGAAGAGGAGGAGGCUGCUCCCGAGAGGGAAGACGAAGAGGAUGACGGGGGCCGCAAGAGCCACGACGAAGGAACACCUGAGGAAGACUCCCGCGAGGAUCGCCGCAGGCAGCGUUCUCGCUCCCGGAGUCGAUCCCGAUCAAGGAGACGUCACCGCCACUACAGUCGCUCCCGUUCACGCUCACCAAGGCGCAGCAGAUACUACUCCUCUCGCAGCCGAAGGAGCCACAGCCGAUCUCCCAUGUCAAAUCGGCGACGCCACGUUGGGAGCCGGGACAACCCGAGCACGAGCCGGUGCCUGGGCGUGUUCGGGCUCAGUCUGUACACGCAAGAACGAGACCUCAAGGAGGUCUUCUCCAAGUACGGGCCUCUUGAGGAUGUCCAGGUGGUCUAUGACGCUCAGUCUGGCCGCUCCCGGGGCUUUGCCUUCGUCUACUUUGAGACUGUGGAAGACGCCAAAAUGGCCAAGGACCGCUGCAACGGCCUGGAGAUAGACGGCCGCAAGAUCAGGGUGGACUACUCCAUCACCCAACGGGCACACACACCAACACCGGGCAUCUACAUGGGCAAGCCAUCCUAUGGCGGUGGUGGUGGCAGCAGCUACGGAGGAGGAGGCGGUGGUGGCUACCGCGGGGGCUACAGGGAUCGCUCGCCGUCCCCCUACUACUACAGCCGGGGGCGGCGCUACUCGCGCUCUCGGUCUCGGUCGUACUCCCCUCGGAGGGCUUGGAAGAAGGAAAACGAAGCGCAUUGGUGUGUCUCUGUGAAGUUUGAAGUUUGCGAAGGGCAAGAAAGAAACCGGUGGUUGCGGGCGUAGAAGAGCGAAGCCUGAAGGCAAGGCGGGGUUGGGCAGGCCGCCAAGAGGUCUUGCCACCCUCCCGCAUGGUGAGCCUGGCGCCAUCACCCACUCCCUCCUUACCCUCUAUUCCCUCCUCCCCCGUCACACACACAGAACACGUUCUCGGCAGCGCGGGGCCAACGCAGAAGCGAUCCAGGCCCCCCCUGUGGGUAAGCGGUGUCGUUGCUUUCGCUGCCUUCUACCGCCCAGGUUUCCCUCCUAACUUGCCUGCUCCUCUGGUGUUGGGAGGGCUUCCCGUUCAUAGAAGUAUGCCCAACAAGUGCCGGUACAUGUAGUUCGUGCAGUGGAACCUUAUUAGUGCACGCACACAGGGGCUGCAGAUUGUAGGCACUUCACUCUCUUGUAUGAAGUUCUGCUCCGGACCAGAAUGGUUUUAUAACAUGACUUGUAACAGUGACAAAAUUUUUUUAUAAGAUAGGGCAUCACCGCUGCUUGUAGUUCUCAUUGCCCCAUUGCAGUCAGCUAUCUUAGGCUAACCACCUGGAGUGGUGUUGAAAUGAAGCACUUUAGAACAUUGUUCUUCAUCGUAGUUGCAUUUCACUUUAUGCCCACCCCCCCUUUUCAACAACAAAAAAAAAAAAGCAAGUGACACUUCUUUUUGUGUGUGUGAAGUGGUGAUGUGUUUUAGAGAAGUGUUAAUAUGCAGCACGGUCCUCUUUUUUUUUUUUGCUGAAUGUAAUGGACACCUAAAACUGCAGAGCUUGCAAGGACCCAAAUGCCUAGAUUAUACGGCAGCUUGGAAUGCUCAUUGGAAAUGAUAAACAUGCCACUGCUAACCUUGGCAGAUGCCAAAGCUCAAAUCUGCACCGUAAGAGAAAUACCCAAUGAAUGGAUGUACGGCCCCUUAAUUCAGAAAUGUACUUUGCACAACGAUAUUCUCUACAUUUGUCAUUAAGCUGAUUUUACUUGAAUAUGCAGCACUGUGUGUGUAAGCAUUGGAGAACUGUGUGCACUGAUAAGGCUCCAUUGCAUGAGCCCUUGAGUAUGGGAGGAAUUUCAAUGAGUAAGUGAACUGAAACGCAGUGGUUAUGAGACUAUGGCACAAAAUUUGAUGCUGAAGGGAAGGUCUUGUGUUACUGACCCACUCUGGUAAGCUGGUGGUAGAGUGUAGCUGUGCAACUGUAGUUUCUUGGUAUGCUCUGGUUUAUGUUCAAGUUUUUUAAUACCCAAUUGUGUUCAGGUGAACAGCAAAGCCAUGUUUGUAUACCUGUGCUGGCAGACCUGUCAUUUACGGAUUUGCAUAACUAGACAUGCCUUGUAGCCUUGCUGGCGCGAAGGUUGGGCACUCACUGCACUUGCCUUUUGUUAGGAAAUGCUUUAUUCAGGAAAAGCAGGAGUUGUAAGUGUGAAUUAUUGUGAAGCAUGCGGCAAUAUUGUAUAUAAGUGAAGAUUGUCUUGUUAAUCAUGUCUAAGCAGCUGUUAAGGAAUGGUUCAUAGUGCCAUGGUUUUCGUAGUAGCACCAUCGGUGUGCUACGCAGAGUUGUUCCUGUGAGUUGCAUUUCAUUAGUGGCAGGUUUGACAGCUGCUGUCCUUCAUUUGGCUGAUCACUUCGCAGGAAACAUUCUGCUUGCAUUGCAUGUUCCUUGAAGGUUCUAUGACUGCGCAAAGCGAACGGAUUGCAGAGGGUACUUUCAGUGCAACCAGUCUUGCUUCAUGCUCUAGUCGACUUGACAUGCCUGAUUUUGGAUAUUUGGUCCUGUAGCUUUGAAGCUACACCAAGUAAAACUAAACAGAGUUGUUGCAAGUAAUAGUUUGUAGUAGACAAGUCCCCUUUCUGGGUGACAGCAAAGGAAGUGUCACGUAAUAUUGUAAAUACUCGAGGUUGCACAAAAUAGUUUUCGUCGUUAGGAUACCUUCGUAGUUGUAACAUUGCUCUAUGCUGGCAUGGCACCUUUGCCUCUGCUUAUGUGUGCGAACCAUGACAGGUGGUAUUGAGUUGGUUAUACGUUUGUCUUGGGCGAGUGCUUUAGUGCCAGCUUUUGGGUGGCUGUGAAGGGUUCUAGGGGCGAAGCACCUUAGGGUCUCGACUUGUCAGUGUGUCAUGUCGUUGUUACGGUCCAUCAUAAACGGGUAUGCACCACAAAAUUGAGGUAAAUCCCACUACUCACUGCCGCUCCAUACUAUGCAUAUUAUGGGUUGAAGGUUCAUCGUUACUGCCUAAAAGAUUGUUUGGCUUAGCCGUGGUGUCAGAAUCCCCGACGAAAUUUACCAAGGCCCUCAAGUCUUGGUAUCUGAAACCAGAGACUCAAACAUGGAUCUCUCUGGUAAAGUCAUCUAUUUGAAACACCACUUCUUGAAACAUGUCUGCAAAGUAAUGUUGCUUUACUCGCCACUGGUCUACUAAAAAUGAAGGAGGCAACACUUAGCGAAGGACGUUAGUGGAUCUGAAACACCCUUUCCUACAACCGUAGGGAGCUGAAACCGGGCAUGUAGGGAAGAAUAAGAAGCACCUUAGGGUAAGCGGCAUUCUGAUGCAGUUUCUGAUGACGUUAGUGGAGCUGAAACGCAUACAUGCCCAGUUUCAGGCUUUGCACCACUAGUGCCUCAUCAGAGAAAUCUCUCAAAAACUGUGGCGAAUUACCUCGGUCAGGCCUUUCUUCUUAUGUCUCUGAUUGCCCGUUAGCAGCGAUUUUGCUGUGGGAAACACUGCCGCACACUGCAUGCUUUGCCCCUCCCCAGGUUUCCUAUUAGUGGAGCUGAAACACCCUUCCCUACAGUCUUCGCACCUCCCCAGUUUUUGUGGUGUUGGUUCGUUCCGCUACUUGUGAUGUUUUCUGAUGUAGUGUUCAGCGAUUGCGACAUAUCUUGGUACAUUUCUGACUCGAGGUGAAAGUAAUUAGGGUUGGGAUGAAUAUGACGUCCCACCAGCUUCUAAAAGCUGUCACUGGUUUGGUUAUGGAUUGGAGCUUGGAUAUUUCUCAGCUUUGAACAGUGCAAGUGCUGCGAGGCCCGAUUAAUGUUGCCUGCAUACUACAGCAAAUUGUUAGUGAUUGCUUGUGGCUUGCUUAUCAGCAGACAGCGUAUACAAAUGGUGGGCUUGCUCCAUCAGAACAUUAAUUGAGCAGAUUGAGGCAAGUUUAUCAGCUUUAUUUGGGAUGUAGGUUCAUGCGUCUUCACAGGCGGAGUGUGGUUCUGCAUUGUCACUUGGUCCAUUAGUUCAGGUACAGGCCCACUGUGCUAAGCUUUGCGGUUAGUUUGCAGCAUGAAGCUUGGAAAAUGGAAAGAAAAACUUCACUUGCACCCUGGCCCAGUGGACCAGGUCCUGGUUUGGGCCAACCCCCAGCAAGACCAAGCUUUCACAGCACAAGUGUGUGGUAGGUACAACUGCUGGGCACAGCAUAGAAGACUGGUGCAGUCUCUUCAGCAGAAGAAUCCUCCAAACAUCCAUCUUUUUUGGUCAUUUGCUGCAAGAGCUGGCUCUAUCGGGAGUUUGAGUCCAUAACGACUGCUUCGAUCACAAUGCAAGUGUGUCCCGGACCACCGUGCUCUGAACUUGCUACGUUGCAUCCGUAAUAAAGGGUCGUACUUUUCAACAA